UAAAUGAGUGUUUCUGGUGAACGAAGUCAAAAGAAUCGAAUCACUGGGAUGAAUCACCAUUGAAGAAAGCGCAAGCUAGUACAGCUAGGGCGCGACAUUGUAAACAACCACUGUUUGUGGUUUGUUUGACCUGAUAAUGUAAGUUCUGUGGAUCAAAACGUUUCUAGAAGAGCUGAACUCUCCACCAAAUGUUUAUAUUGCGUUUACAUCAGUGGAUCCCUCGGAUAUCCCUCUUAGACUCCACAAAUUGUCAGUAAAGUGAAUGAAAGGCCUUUUGCUCGUUGGGAAGGAAGAUAAAACACAUGAACGACACGUCGGACACAAUUAAUAUAUGAAGACAUCGCGAACCCAUAGUACUUAGCCUAUUUUUUAAAUAUAUAAAAUUACAUAACCACCGUCAUCACUUUAAAUUAUUAUUAUUUUGUUGUUGUUGUUGUAAUUUUUCUAAUCUAAAAAACACGAUGUUUUCUGCACGCGAGAAUCGGUGUCAUCGCUUUCAGGCCAACAUCUUUAAUAAAAGUAAGUGUCAAAACUGCUUUAAAACAGUGGAUUCGCACAAACUCGGCGAAGCAGAUCUGUAUCAGAUUAAGCCUGUUCAGGUGGGGUGGCUCCUCUUGGCCCCUGAGGACACUGACUUCAGCAGUUCUGGCCACAGGAAACGGGUGAUGAUGGCACUGGCAAAAUGGCAGAGGAGAUAUUUUGUGCUUUACGAGCAUGGGCUUCUACGCUACUCUCUGAAUGAGAUGCCUGGUACGUUGCCUCAAGGAAGUGUGAAUAUGAUCCAGUGUUGUGAGAUUCUUGACGCUUCAUCUCAAACUGGCUUCCAGAACUGUCUGAGGUUGUGCUUCACUGACAGAGACUACUACAUCCGAACAGAAAACGCAGACAGCUUCAGCAUCAGUAGGUGGCAGGAAAAUCUGAUUGUUUACCCCAAAGCUGCCAAAUCAAAUCAGAGGAAGAAGGGGAAGGAUCCAGCCCAACCACCGCAGCAGACAGCAGAAAACCAAACCUCUAGCAGCAGCAGCAGCAGUGGUGGUGCUAAAAAAACGAGCACUUCUGGAAGUAGUUUCACCAGCAGCAUUAAUAGACGAUGCAGCAUCACUUCUAGUAAUAAUAGUGGUGGUAAAGUGUCCAUCAGUGACAGUGCUGGCUCUAGUACUAGCAGUGCCACUAAAGGCAGCAGCAGAAAUGGCAGUACUAAAGGGGCCACCAAAAAAGACAGAAGAAGUAGCGUUGUGAGCUCGGUGGAGCAGGUGUCGUUGCUUUCCUCCGAGAAAGAGCUGGAGGAGGAGUCACUUAGUGGUGGAGUCGAGGUUCAUAAUGCUUCAUCACUCGAUACCACUCUUGGCUCCUGUCUCUCUUCAUCACUCGAUCAGCUCUCGAGCUGCUCCGGCACAGACGGUACUAAGAGUCGACUGGGCACUGAAAGUGGCUAUUCCUCUCUGGAGAAGACAAGUCUUCAUGUUGCAGAUGAACAAGCACACACUGACUCCAGGAGAUCUCAGGAAGCUGAUCAACAGGAGGGUUCAUUUCUGGAUAACGAGCUUCCCCCCUCAACCUUCACUUCCUCCUCUACUGCACAAAAUGACCAUAAGACAACUGUCAGUACAUCUCAGGAUUCCUCCCCUAAUGAUGACAUUCCUGAUCACUCGCGACCCUUCACGUCAUGCAGCUUCCGCUCCAAAUCUCUGGAACGCAGACAGCUUGAUCCCACACCCACACCUGACCUUCUUAAUUUCAAAAAGGGAUGGAUGUCUAGAUUGGGAGAAGAUGGAAAGUGGCAGAAACAUUGGUUUGUUCUAACUGACCAGAUUCUGAGAUUCUACCGUGACUCUGUAGCAGAAGAGGCAGCUGAUGUGGAUGGUGAGAUCAAUUUGUCUACUUGUUAUGACGUUACAGAUUACCCUGUACAAAGAAACUAUGGAUUUCAGAUUCAUACAAAGGAUGGGGUCUUCACCCUCUGUGCAAUGACUUAUGGGAUACGACGGAACUGGGUCCAGGCAGUAAUGAAAAAUAUUCGUCCCAGCAUUGCCCCUGAUGUCACAUGUUCUAUUCCUCAAAAGGUGCCAUUGACUGGUGCACAUGCUCGUACAGGCUCCUCCCAAUACAAUACAGUUCCCCAGGAGGAGGAGCAAAGGAGUCGCAUCCGUGAGCGUCGUAGAGAGGGGCGUUACAGAACCUUUGAUUGGGCAGAAUUAAGUUGUAAACAGCACAAAGAGGAGUUGUCAAAUGAUCUGUCAGGGAGGCAAUGGAAUCAUAACAGUGAGCACUCUGUGCCUCCUGCACCUGCAUCAACCCCUGAAGAGCCGAUCAUACGUUCUGCCUCUGAGGCAUCAGAGAACAAAUAUCGUCAGAAGAUAAGACUAUCUCAGGGGCGAAGCUUGAACAUCAUGUCCGCUGAUAUAUCACUUAUGGCAGUGUCCAGUCGCACCUCCCCAGAAUCAAUCAGCCCAGACAGCUUAGAGGUUGAUGCAGGGACAGUACGUGUCCACUGUGACAGCCCUGGUGAACUACUGGAAGCUAAACCCAAAGAAGAAAAGCAGGUUGAUCGCUCCACUUCUCCUUUGCCAGUCACCUUUUCUUCAUCCUCAGCACAGACAGAAUGGCAGUGGGAUGUGGAGCUUCAGAGCCUGCGCAGAGAGUUGAAGGCUGAGCAUGAAAGGAAUCAUACCCAAGAAAGGGAGUUAAGACAAACUGAGGCCCGUCUACAAGCUGAGCUUAAUGAUAGACAGGAAUGUCUUCAAAGGGCAGAAUUAAGGAUUCAAGAGGCAGAAACUCUUCUGAAGGAGCGUAAGGAGGUGUUGGUGAGUCUGCAUGGACGGUUGGAGGAGGUAACGGGCCGUCUAAAAGCAACCGAAGAAGCGCAAGCCUUAAAGGAGGUCCGGCUACAAAGGCACCUGCGCCUCCUGCAAGAGAGCCAGGAACGAGAAAGGAGGAGCUUUAGUGACAGCCUUGACCAAUCGGAACAGCGAUCAAAGGAACUAGAGGAGCGUUUGAGGCAGAAAGAGGCUGAGCUGCAGAAGAAGCCAACAGGGGAAGUUACUGAUGACCUUCUACGAAGGUGCCAGGAGCUACAAAACCAGCUGGAGGAGUCUGACAGUGAGGUCAGUCGUCUGCAGGCACGCCUCCAAACCGAAGAGACUCUUUAUUACGACAUGGAGCAUGAUUAUGAAAGAGCUUGUGAGGAGAUACAGAGUUUGCGAGGUGCUCUGUUGGACUGUGAGAGAGUAAGUGAGGAGCGCUUCCAAACCCAGCUGGUGCAGCAACAGCAAGAGCUGGACAGGAAGGAACGUGAACUUCAGGAGGUGCUUGUUAAGAUGGCCGUCUUGGGCAGCAGUCUAGAGGAGACGGAAUUAAGGCUCAAAGAAGCCCAAAUCCAUCCUUCUGAAACUAAUGUUCUCUGUGAGACACUGAUCGAGCUGCAAGAACACGGACAGAAAGGGAAAAAAGAUUUGGAAACGCAACCUACUACUCAGGGACAGGAGUCACACAGAGUGAUCUCUGUGAUCCAGGCACUAGAGCGCAAGUUGUGUGACACUGAAGAGCGACUCUGGGAGCUUACAGUGCAUCUUCAACAGCAACAACAACAACUCAACACUGGACCACAUGCACUCAAUGAUUCUUGGUGCUCUCACAGAUCCCUCCAGAAUCCAGAAGGUCGACUCUCCGUGGAUGCUCUGCCGAGUUUUACUGGAGCUUUGCAUAGCCUGCAGGGAACCAAUUUAGACAAAACUUCGGACAAAGCUAAUGUCUCCCUUUAUGAUGAUGGAAUUCCUGGGAGAAGUCAAGCUUUGGACAUGGCCAGCAGAGUGUUGUCAGUGGAGGCACUGGUUGUCCAAAGGAUUGCCUCUGCACUUGAGCAUCCCAGUACAAAAUUGCUUAAUAGAUUGUCAGAGGUGUAUGUCCAAGUGCUUAGGAUGGCUAAAGGAGGCAGUCAUAAUAGGGCUGUGGAACCUAGUUACUCUCAGAUCUUCUUGGACCCUCUCGAGCAAGAUGUGCUAGACAAUACACUGAGUGAAAGUGUGAUCCAUAGACUGUGUAUAAGAGCAGAGAUGGCAUACCUCCUACACAGUCUGUGUACUCAUCCCUCAAUGGAGCAACAGGGAUUGAAGCCCUUUUAUGUGUUGCCUUGGCCAGUAUCUGACAGUUCCUCAUCUAGAAACAAAAUGGAAAAUGGUUCCAAACAGGGGUCCAAACUUGCUGACAUUAGCCCACCAGAACUUGCACCUUACAGUGAACAGAUGGAGGACGAACUAGCGACUGAUCUACUUCUUGAGGACUCUGAGAUACAGCUUGCUUGCAGAAAGAGUCUGGUGGUAGAGCUCCGAGCUCAGGCCAAGUCACUGCACACCCUCUCAACACAGCUACAGUCUGAUGAUAGAGAGGCUGACCUUCCUGUUGAACCUCCUGCAGCCGUCCUGAAGGCUGCAAUGUCUCAGGCCACUUUGGCAUACGUGGCUUGUCGUCUGCGCUUGGCCCUACAGCAGGAGAUAAGUGCCCUACGCAAGCAGAGAGAGCAGGCUGAAUGUGAGUGUCGUGCCGUGUGUCGUAGUAUGGAGACUCUUUUCCAGGAACAGACGGAGCGCUACGAAGAGAAGCUGCGUGAGGAGCGCAUUGUGUUCGAAAAGGCAGAGCAGGAACGUGUUUCAGCUGAGACCAAUGCUCAAUUGAGGACGGAAGAAGCAGAAAGAUUGCAGAUGGAGUUUGAGGAAAAGCUGCAGGAGCUCCAGAAAAUCCAUGAGGAGGAGAUGAGCCGUCUCCAUGAAUACUAUAUUCAGAAAUUGUCAAAGCCAAAAGCUGCAACAACUUCAGAACUAGACAAGAGUGACAAGACUGAGCUGGUUUCUGUGAGUACUCUGCAAGACCGAAUCAGAGAGCUUGAGACUGAGGUCACUUGUUUGAGGGCGGAACUCAGCAAUCAGGAUGUCAAGGCCUUCCAGCUUGACCUGGAAACCAUCAAGGCCACAUAUGAGCAUGGUUUCAGCAUUAUGGAGGACAGCCAUCAGCGAGUGAUUGAAGAGAUGCAGAGGCAGCAUCAGAGAGAGGUGGAAAGGCUGACCGAGGAAAGAGAAAGGGUGCUGCAAGAAGAGACGAAUGCCACCAUUGCAGCCAUUGAGGCCAUGAGGAAAGCUCAUAAAGAGGAAAUGGACAAGACUCAGAAAGCCCUGCAAAAUGGAGCCAAUGUGGACACCCGCCAGCUUCGUGCACAAUAUAAUGAGGAGCUAGAAAUGUUGCACAGGGAGCUGGAGGUGUUGUCAGAGCAGUAUUCUCAGAAAUGUCUGGAAAACACUCAUUUGACAAGGACUAUAGAAACAGAAAGGGAGGCAUUGAGUUCAGCACAAAGAGAGAACCAGGAGCUUCGCACUCACAACCAGGAAUUAAACGAGUGUUUGACUGCUGAAUUAUCCCUGAUGCAUUCACGCAUGAAUGGGGAGGUGAAGCACUCCCAGUCUUCUCAGGAGAAAGACAUAUAUCAGUUGGAGGUAAACCUCAGAGUGAAGGAAUCAGAGAUUAAGUGUCUGAAACAGGAGAUCAACUCACUUAAGUCUGAACUGCAGGCAGGAAAUAUGCAUUUUAAAGAGCUAGACUCUGAGUUGAGCCAUUUACAAGUCAAAACUCAAAGUGACUUCACUGAAGCGAGGAUGGUGCCAGCUCGACAGCAGUGUUUAAAUUAUGAUCUGAUGAAAUCCAGGAGCAACCCAGACUUCCUGAAGGACGGUUCAACACUGACACAGCCCGUCGGAUCCAAGAGUCUUAAGGAUGGACUCACUGUUCUGGAGAGGAUGAAGCUCUUUGAACUAACUAGCACGCAAAAGAUCUGAGUGUGUGUGUGUGUGUGUGUGUGUGAGAGUGUGUGUGAGAGAGAGAGAUUUUAAUGCAUUAUGUGGGUUAAAUUAUUAAAUUAAUGGAAUAUCUUUAUUACACAAUGAAUUAUAUCUAUACCUUUAGUCACAGGUGUGUACGUAAGUCAUUUUGAUUUUUGUUUCAUUAUUUCUUUACACAAUAGAAUUAAUUUUUGACAAGGAUGUCUCUCUAAAUCUUAAACGUUUUGUUUAUAUUUACAUGUUUAUGCCUGAUUGAGCAUUGAUUGUUCCAUCUCUUAUUAUGAAUAAAGUGACGUUUUCCUG